AUGGAGCACCUGCCGACGUCGCUCAGCACCAGCUCCGCCUACGGACACGGCGGCGGCUUCCCAGGCGGCGGCACCGGCGCCUCCGCCUACUACGACGACCUGGGCAGUCCGGGGAUGGCGGCCAUGGACGGCGGCCUGGGACCGGGCGGCGGAGGACGGGGACCGAUGCACCGCAUGGGACGACGGCCGCCGUUGCGCAGCUACCACUCCAUCGAGCGGGAGCCCGGCUACCGAGAUCGCUCCUUUGACCGGAUGGACUCGCUCAAUGCGCGCGCCGCUGCCGGCGGCCACCUGAGCCGGGCGCGAGAUCGCUCCUUGGACCGCGCCCUCUACGCCAGCCGCGACGACCCAAUGCAAGGCAGUUAUGGUGGACCACUGCGCGACCGCGAUGGCGCCCUCCUCGACGACCCGGCGCUGGGCGUCGGUGGCCCGUACGGCGGUCGUGGUGACCCGCUGGUGGGCGGCCAUGUCGGUCGGCACAUGGGCCCCGGUCCGGGCCUCGGUCCCGGCGGCGGCGGCCUGGUGGGGGACCCUCGUGGCGGGCCCUACGGCGGCUCUGGCGGCAUCGGCGGCGGCGGCAUGGGCGGUCGCAUGGGCGCCGUCAAUGACAACUUUGUCAUGGAGCUGCAGGCGCGCCUGAACGACCUGCAGAAUCAGUUCAGCAGCGUCAAGCGGGAGCUGGACGCCACCACGCAGAAGCUGGGCUCCAGCAUGCACAGCAUCAAGACCUUCUGGAGUCCGGAGCUGAAGAAGGAGCGGGCGCUGCGCAAAGAGGAGGCGGCCAAGUAUGCGCUCAUCAAUGACCAGCUAAAGAUACUCCGCUCGGAGAAUCAGAAACAAUCAGCCCUAAUUCGGCAGCUAGAGGAGGAGCUGCGCAUCACUAACAUGCGCAACCCUGACCAGGACGUGCAGCAGCACCUUGAUUCACUGUACUCCGAAAAGGAGCACAUGUCCAAGGAGAUUUACCUACUGCGUGAAACUAACAAGGAACUAGAGUUGCGCAUUGAGACGCAAAAGCAGACGCUGGCAGCUCGCGAUGACAGCAUCAAGAAGCUGAUGGAGAUGCUGCAGAACAAGGGCAUCGGCAGUAAGAUGAUGGAAGAGGAACGCAUCGAGUACGAACGUAUGCGCACUCGAAACAUCGAACUAGAGACACGCCAGCGACACAUCGACAAGCUGAAGAUGGAGUUGAACAAACGGGACCAGGAACUGCUGGCAGUGGGCGCCAAGAUGAAGACUCUUGAGGAGCAGCACCAGGACUACCAGCGACACAUUUCCGUUCUGAAGGAGUCUCUAGUGGCCAAGGAAGAGCACUACAACAUGCUCCAGGCAGACAUUGAAGAGCUACGCUCUAGACUGGAGGAGAAAAACAAGCUAAUUGAAAAACGCACUCACCAGUCAAUGAUGAGCUCACAGGACAAGAACAAACUGAACCUGGAAAUGCAGGAGCUGCGCGAUCACAUUGACAUUAAAGAUCGAAAGAUUAACGUCCUCCAACGAAAG